GUUACGACAGGGCACGGCAUAAAAAUCAAUCACCGUGGCUUCAGGGCAUAACAUAUUCAAAGUGUGAAACAUAAACAAUUUCCAGGUACCACCUAAACCGAAACAUGAAUCCCGUAAUUCCGGUAUGUCGGUUGUGCCUGAGAGAUGACCCGGAUCAUGCAUUCAAAAAUGAUGACUGCACAAACAGCACAGAAAAUUUCUCGGAACUGCCUUUGACGGAGCUUGUAUUGAAAUAUCUUCCAGUCCAGAUCAUGACAUCAGAAAGCUCAGAGCCUCCGAUCAUAUGUGAUUGUUGUGCAUCUCAGAUAAAACAGUGGCAUCGGUUCUAUACAACUUGCAUCGAUAAUGAUAAAAUCUACCACGAACGAUUAUCUGAACAGCUGGUACAUGAUGGAGCUGUACUACAUCAAGAAGAAGUAAUGUUACUGAAAGAGGAAAUGUUGGACAUUUUUGGUGAUUUUCCUGAGACAGUAGACAUUCAAAAUACAGAUACCAAACCAUUGGUCAUAGAUGAAACUGUAGAAGUUUCAAAUAACGAUGAAAAUGCGGUGGUUUCAGAAAUGCAAGUGGAAGUCGAAAUGGAGGAAGAAGUCGAAAUGCAAGCGGAAGUCGAAGAUGAAGAGUGGAAACCAAAAAAGGCUAACAAAAAGGUGAAACCUUCAUCGGAGAAGCCCAAAGUUUCACGACCGAAAUCGGACGAUGGUCUGAAUUUGUUCCUGAGGAGGCCUUGUGGGCCAAAAAGUCAACGUCGUAAGAAUCCUGGUCCCAAGGAAGCUGAGAUGUGUCCCAUCUGCGGGAAAUUCGUCAUGAUAUUGAAGCUGCACAUGCGACAGCACCUCGAUGAUCGAAGGUUCCAAUGCCCGCACUGUCCGAAGGCAUUUGUCGCAAGAGGUAGCUAUCUCGAACACGUGAACAUCCACACGCGGGAAAAGCUGUACAAGUGCGAUCAAUGCGACAAAGAGUUUGCUCAACGGAACGGAUGGAAGGCGCAUAAGGCAACCCACGCCAAGGAGUUUAAGUUUCCCUGCCCGGUGUGCGAGAAGGUCUACUACCAACGGUCAACCCUCACCACCCACAAACGGAUACACUUCAAACUACCGACGAUCAAGUGUCCCGAGUGUGAUCAUAUGUCAUUUUCUAACGGUGAACUGAAGUUGCACUUCAGAAAACAUCUGCCGGAUAGGCCGUUCGUCUGUGAACUCUGUGGACGUGCCCAGUGCUGGGAAAUCUCGCGAAGUUCUUUCUGCGGAGCCAAAACCAUGCAAAUCACAGCUACCCAUGGUGAUAACUGCUAAAUUGUUCGCUACUGUAGCCUAGUUUGUUGAAAUUCAUCGGUAACCAUACGUUCCUACGGUAGCUUGCUACAGUAGGUCGCUAAUGUUGGGCAAAUUACCUCACUUCUAAUUGACUGUUUGUAGUAGUGAACCGUGGAGCCGUAUGUAGGAUUCGGACCGUGAUUCGGACAGGAUUCUUUCCGACAUCGCAGUCUCGGGACAAACCGCACUCAUUUAAUCCAGAUUUCCGACCAGAGCAAACCCAGCUAACACAAAGUCUUACAUGGUGUUGAAUAGGAUGCUAAAGUGGAGGCCAUAUGCGUACAUGCUUACAUUUAACCGCGUGUAAAGUGUGCGUAUAUCGCCUCCACUUUUGCAUCCUAUUCAACAUCAUAUGCGAUCGUGUGUUGACUGGGAAUACACCAAAUCCACUGACUGCGUCUUGAGAGAGGAGUUAAACAGGCUUCUUUAUGCUGGGUAUUCAGAGACAAACGGGUUGGGCAUGUCUUAGCUGUAAGAAUUGGUUGGGCUACCGGAACAAGGCGACGGGGGGGAACGUAACCAUUACAGUGACAGAAAGGUUUUCACUGGCAGAAUCGAACGGACAACCGCAGAUUAAACCAAGGAUUAAACCUUUUGAGAAAUGGCAGUUCAGUGAAGGAACAGACUCUCCUCCUGUCUUCUCCUGCUGCACGGACGAGGCCUCGGAAGGACCUAUGCUUGGAAGGCAUAACAAGAGGGUGUUCGGUGGAAGAAUCAGACGGGCGAUCGGUAAUCGUUCCUAGGAAAUACAGUGGUCCGAUCAGGGAAAGGUCAGGGAUUGGUCAGUUGAAGAGGAAUGAAAAUACAACGAGCUCAACAUAUAUUUAACACAUUGAGAUAGUUUUAAUAACGAAUAUAGCUUUAAAGGAAAAAAACUGCUCCUAAUGAAAUACGUAAAACGAAUUUCACUGACACUCGUUUGGAGCUCCCACACAGUGGCUGCUACCGUAGAAAUGGUUUAGAACGCCUACUGUAUUGAUUCAAAUAAAUUUCUCCCGGAUUUCAAAAGACAACGAUUUAAUCAUGAAAUCAAAGCAAACUACUGUUACCAGUGAAGAGAAUUGUCAGACAAAAGAGGCACAAAACAAGCAACAUAGAAGGUGCGACGAUUACUCUUUAUCCCUACUGGUAACAGAUAAUGACAUGAUCUCGAAAUUUUUUGUUGCAGACAAAACGGAAGCUGAAUUUGUUGCGUACUUUUCAACUCGUGAAUAAUCAAUUAUUGCUAACCCUAAGUCGAAACUGUUUGAUGAUAGAGAGAGCUUCGCCAGAGUUGCAGUGUUUACCGACUCGAAGUUACCGUUCGAAAAUCGUAAUGCAAGGCUUAAAAAUCUCUAAACUCGUGAUGUACGAUGUUAAUCCCAUUAUUUUCAAGUUGGGACAAACUUAUGUCGCAUGGGUUUGUUUGUCGCAACAAAUACAGGUUGCGACAUUGUCAUUAUUGUUGCGCGAUAGUUGAAUUUUGAUUCACUGACUGUUACCAUUCCCAGCACUGCAUAUAAAGCUAUGUUCAAUAUUAAUAUGUGAAAAUCCACGUAUAAAAAUACCCAAAAAUUGGUUUGACUAAAAAAACAUUUUGUGUUGGGUUAGAUUCAGAUAAUAGCAAUUUAAUUACUUUGAUCCAUUUUGAAUUAUAUUCUUAAUGGUUGGUGUGGGGUUUGGUUCUCCGAAAUAGGAUUAAUUUAAUUUCGCAAAUGGGCAUGUAUUCUAAAUUGACUUCAAUUUAUUUUUUUAACUUUUUUUUAGCGUGAUCGUUUUUUCAAUAUUUCAAUUUUUUACUUGAAAGUUCACACAAAUUUCCUAAAGUCACACAUACCACACUUUUUGUAGGUCAUGUUAUUUUUAAGUUACAUUGGUAUAAAAAAACGGUCAAAAACUUAAGCCCUUUUCAUAUAUUAGUGUAGAUAAAUUUAAAAAAAACAACAAAGUAUGCAACGUUGCUUUAAAGUACAUAGUCUUCAUACCUACACAAUUCCAUUAAAAUCUGAGAGGGUGCUGCCAACCCCAAAAUCUAGUUUGCGAGAAAUUCGUCAUGCACUCUAAAAAAACACGCAACCAAAAAUGUUCAAAGUGCCAAAACUUUUUUGUACAUUUUUUUACCACUAUAAAAAUUUUACAGAUGAUAGCUAACAGAAUGAACUUUAUUCUCACAAAAAAAACACGAAGGUAAAAAAAUAGCUUUUUGAGAUAUUUAAUUUUUAGUAACAAAAUUCAGUUUUUUUAGAAGAAAAACUAAAUAAAUUUUUCAAUGUGUAUUUUUCUGAGAGCCACCAUAUAUUAUUCUACAACUUUGCUGAAGACACCUUUCCGAUCGAACAAGCCGUUUCCGUGUUAUAAUUUUUUAAUUGAUUGUGUUCCAUUUUUUCAUAGGCCCUAUUUGAAAAUUAGUCGAGACAAAAUAUGAACUUUUGAUAUGAAAAAAUGGUUUCUCAUAUAAAAAGGAAUAGUAUACAAAAGUAUCAAGUAGAUUAAAAAACAUCGAUUAAAAUGGAUUGGUGCUGGUCCGUGGAAAGCCUCAAUGGAGGUGAGGGGAUCAUUUCGUGUAUUACACAGCGAGUUUGUUUACACAAACAAUCUACUAACACAAGCUUACAGGAACUUCCUCCACACCUUAUUUAUAUCACAUUGGGUCAGCCACACUCUUAGCAAGGAUGGAAACAGGCCCGGAUUAAGGAUUGUGGGAGCCCGGGGCCCGAGCGGUUGUGAAGGCCCCUCGGAGGUACAAAUGCGAUGAGCAAUACAGUUUCUCUUUGUUUUUAGUAGUACUUGAACCAAAAAUGGUUUUUGUGGGGGCCCCUAAAAUGUGGGGACCCGGGGUCCUGGCCCCGCGCCCCCCCCCCCCCCCUUAGAUCCGGCCCUGGAUGGAAACGAAAUCUGCUAGCAAGCGUUGGAUUAGAACCCAGCAGGACAUUGCUACAGAGGCAGACCCCAAGGCUCAUGACGGCGCAGCCUCCAAAAAUAAAUAAAACCAGGCGAUAGAAAUUUGAUCUGGCCAUAGGACAAGGCGAUGUACCAUCAUGGGUGCUCAGGACUGAAAGUAAGCUCCGUUCCAAUGUAGGUACCAACAAUAAUAACUAAAAUGUUUGAAU